AUGCAAAAAAGGAACAUAAUUAAUGCGCUUGCACUAUUUAUAAUUCUGAAUAUUGUAACUGAAUUUUUGUAUUGUAUAGAAGCAUCUUCAUCUAAUUGGUGCCUCCUAAACGGAGAUUCUGAUGGAUGCCCUAGUAUUGGAAAUUUCCUUUAUAGCAAUUCUACAUAUAGAUCUCCACAUAUAGUAAGAUAUAUUUGUGUGUUAUUAUCAGACAGUAAAGUGGUGCGAGAAAAAGAUGCAAAGAGUAUAUUUAGUAAUUUACAAAGUUUUCCAGAUAGUAGUAAUCUACCAUUUACUUUUGUCGAAUAUUAUGAAAAUUUGGGAACCUUUGUCUUCGAAAUAAAGUUACAGGAAUCAACUAAUGAAAAUAGAGAUCUAUAUCCUCUAAUAAACGGACUUAAAAAGAUAAGCAAAAGCAACUUUUUAAAUAAGUCAGACUGUACUAAGGAAUCUAUACUGACUGAUCUUUCAGUUUUUGCUGGAAGGGGUAAUGAAAAGAUACAUACUAGUGGACAAAAGUUUCAAGGAUUCUGGAAUAACCCCACUUUUGGUAAGUACGAAGAGAGAAUUUUGUACAGUGAUAGUAUUUCCCAUAAAGAAACUGAAAGUUUACUUAAAAGUUCUGAUAAUAAGAAUGGUGAAUUAUCAUUAUAUAAAGAGUUGGAUUAUUAUAUAUUAGAUAGAUUUUCAAGAAUUUCUCACAUUCUACAGACAUCACCAGUGAAUAUAGAUAUAUUGCAAAAUUCAUCAAUUUUCAAUGCACUUGAUUUCCUCAAGAUAUUUAAUCAAAGUCCAAAGAAUAAUUUAGUAAUGCAACAGAAUAACUCAAGUAUUACUCAAGAUGAUCAAGAAUUAAGAUGGGGAAUGUCUCCUUUUUAUAAUCUCAAUUUGGAAAACACGAACUAUACAGAUGUUGCCCAUAAAGUAUUGAAUAAAACAACUCCAUUAAUGACUUCUGAUAUAAAAAGCAAUUCAAUCGAUUAUUCUGGUGAUAUUGGUACAGUAGUCGCUACUGCAAUUUUCCAAGGUAUGGCAGAUUCAUCUUCUCAAUUACCACCACCAUUUGGAAAUCCUACUUCUGGAUCCGAUGCUGUUAAUCAAAUUAAGGGUACUGAGAUAAGUAAUAAUAUUUCGAAAGAACAUUUUCCUACAUUGACAAACUGGAGUUAUAAGCCUAUUCCUCAAGGAAUUAAAACAAAUAAUAAUAAUCAAAAUCAAAAUUCUAAACCUAACUUAAGUAUUUCAAGUUUUGAUUCUCCUUUAACUUCAAAUACUGCUUCAUCUCCAAUGAUAACAAGUGGUUCAGGACUAUCACCCAGUGCUUUUGAAAACAUUGAUAAAUGGUCUAAAGUUGAUUCACAAACACCACCAAUAGGCUUGCAGCUUACACAAGGUGGACCCUUCCCAGAAUUUAAAUCUCCAUCUUCAUCUCCAUCAACUGCCGAGUGGAUGAGAAGGACAGUAUCUAGACAAAAUGAUAACGGGCGACUAUUUUCAUCAGGAAAUACAGGAACUACUAAUCAGAAUUCUUCAUCUCCUUUAAUACGUGCAUCUCGGUUAUCUAGUACCCAAUUCGGCUAUUUUGAUCCAGCCAAUCGUGGAUCUAAACAAGGAGUAACAUUUGUGCGGAUGAAUGGGAGUGUUUUUGAUGAUCCUAAUGAUAUAACAUCUUUUCACCCAGAAUCAUUUUUAGAGAAAUUACCUGAAGAGGUGCUCAGCAAUAUGACUCAGCAACAAAAAGAUAAAGUUAACUUAAUCAACGCUUUUAUAGGUACAGGAUUUGAUGUCUUGCUACAAAUGAAUGGAGUUGCUAGGACGAAUAGUAACAAUAAAAGUGGUUCAACGAAAAACUCAGAUGGGAAAACUGGAAGUGGGAUAUUUUCAUUUAGAAAGUUGCAUCAGAGUGAUAUGUCUGUACGAAAUUUUGAAUCUUUGCUACGAAAUAUUGAUACAAAUCAAGGGCAAGAUACAGCAAUGGCUUAUGUUGCAGGUUGCGAUUGUAACAGAUUUCCAGAUGGUGUUGUUUGCCCACUAGUUUUAUCAGGAGAUGUAAGUAUAGAAUGUAUUGGAUACAAAGUGUGGGAUUCAGCUCAAAAAGGUGCUCCUUUAAGUGAUAUAGUAUCUGCAAUAGAUUCAGCAGUUGUAGCAAAAGCACAAAAUAUUGUAUUUCCACUGCGAUUUAGUCAAGAUACUAUAGAAAGGAAUCGUGCUGCACCAAGAGUACUACGUCAUAUAAUGAGAAGAACUUCAAAAGAUUACAAUAUAUUAUUUGCACUACCAACAGGAAAUGAUGGUAUGCAGAGUGUUGAAGAUCAUGUUGACUUUCCAUGUGAUGAUAUAACUGGGAUGUAUGCUUUUUGUGUUGGUUCUAUUAAUGCAACAACUGGUCUACCUUCAGACUUUACGAAUAUCCCAUAUAUUGCAACUAUUUUUGCUAAUGGUGAAAAUGUAGAAUCAUUUGCACUAAAUCAACAAAAGCAGCUAUUCUCUGGUACUGGAAUGGCAUUGGCACAAUCUAUAGGUACCAUAAAUAUUAUUCAAGGAAUAACAAAGAAUAAAGUCAGUAUAUUUGAUCAACUGGCAAUUCUACACAGUACACCCAAAAAAUUACCUUCCAGAAGUUUUCUAAACCAGCUUAUUACUAACUCUGAACCAGCUCCAGUGAGACAAGUUAAACAAUCACAACCUGAAGUAUUAAAUAAUAGCUCUUCUUCAAGUUUUCAAAGUAAAUCACAGAAUAGUUUAGCAGAUAAUCAAUACAAUAAAUCGGAUAUUUUUACAGGAUUUUUAAAUGAAAGUAAUGAAGAUAGAAAUAAUACUGUUAAAGAAGAGGGUAUUGAAUUAAAUAACUCAAGUUUUAGUAUAAUUGAUAUUUUUGGAGAUAAUGCUACAAAACAAGCUAAUACUUUUGAACCUAAUAGUAUCACUAAAAAAUUAAACAAUGAAAUUAGAAUAGAUAAUCCUAUAAAUAACACUAUCCUUGAAAUUAAUGAUGUAAAAAAAUCAUCAGAGAAUAAUAAAAACUUAAGAAGCGAACCUGAUGCAGGCAUGUAUGAAAAAGAUAAUUCAUCAAUUAUUGAUCAUUUUAAUAAAUAUAACUCAAGUGAUUAUAAUUCAAUUAGCUAUAGUGAUGAUAACUCAAAAAAAUCUAUAGAUAAGUAUAAUUUGAAAAUGAAUUACUCCGAAGAUGAUAUUCUAUAUGAAUCACGUAAUUAUGGCCCUGAGAUACUUGGAGUUGUACUGGAUCCUCCUAACGCUGCAGAAGUUUCAAAAUUCAUAGAGAUGAGUAAUAAAGUUGCAGACCAUGAAAUCAGCUACAAUGAUAGUGAAUUUGACUAUAUAAAUAAAAUUCCUCCAAAGUCACUGUGUUACGAAGAGGAAACAAGAUAUUACAGUCCAAUGGAAAUGGUUCUUCCAGUAGAUAAUAUUGAACAAUGUAUUUUAGCAUGUAGUAAUACUCUGAAUGUAGAUUUUACUCAUAUGGUGCAUUUUUAA